AUGGACAGUUUAAAAACACCGAAAGGCACAACCGAUGAAUCUCCAAGACAGUGUUUUCUCUAUGAGGAGAUUAUAGAGAAGAUUAGAGGUGUAUUUGUUCUAUACGGGGCAGUCCCUAUUUCCACACCAACCUUUGAAAUGAAAAGCAUCCUUACCAACAAGUAUGGGGAGGAUACUAAGCUGAUAUAUGAUCUAAAAGACCAAGGCGGAGAGAUAUGUGCAUUGAGGUAUGAUCUUACUGUUCCCUUUGCAAGAUACCUGGCGUCAAACAAGAUAAGGAAAAUGAAGAGAUAUCAAAUUGGAAGAGUGUACAGGAGAGACCAGCCUUCCAUUGUCAAAGGUAGGCUACGGGAGUUUAUGCAGGCGGAUUUCGACAUUGCCGGGGAAUGCAUCCGCAUGAUGGCUGAUGCAGAGGUGAUUAGUUGUGUGGACAGAAUACUGAAGGAAUUUGAGAUUGGGGAGUUCAAGAUAAAAGUGAAUGACAGAAGGAUCCUUACAUCUAUUCUCGAAGCUGUCGGUGUCCCCUGUGAGAGUUAUGGGACAGUAUGUUCUACUAUUGACAAGAUUGAAAAGAUGAGCUGGAAAGACAUCUCAAAAGAGUUUAUUCAAAAAGGCUUGAGUGAGCACCAGGUGAACAUGAUCAGAAAAUAUAUGGAGAUGUCCGGAAAGGAAAAUGUUCUGAAGCUUCUUCGAGAGUGCCCUGCUUAUGAGAUAGAAAGGUGCAAGGAGGGUGUUCAUGACAUGGAAGAGCUAUUCAAGUUCUGCAGAAUCCUUGGAUGCGAAGGGAGCUUGGUUAUGGAUGUUUCCUUAGCACGAGGAUUAGACUAUUACACAGGGAUGAUUCUUGAAGCAGAGUACAUUGGGAAGUCUGUAGGAUCUGUGAUUGGAGGAGGUAGAUACGAUAAUCUCACCGAGAACUUGGGUGAACUACAGAAAACCCUACACAAGGAGUAG